AUGGCAAAUGGUGCUGCUGGAGGCGCACGUGGUGCCAGCCAGGGUGGCGACCCCUGGGCGUGCAAUGCGUGUGCAGCUGGCUACAGCAACAUGGCGUGGCGCACGGUGUGCAGGCUCUGCCAGGCGGCGCGGCCGCCGAGGGGCGCUGGCACGAUCGGCGACGCCAUCGACAGGGCCAAGAAGGUCAAGGCCAAAGGGAAGGCGAAGGCCGUGGCGAAGCGUGUGCGGUUCGCCGCGGAUGGGCCUGGCCCGUCCGCCGCCGCGGCCACGCCGGCGCCGUGGGCGCAGGGCGCGGCCAAGCAGGCGGCCGAGGAGAAGCCCAGCAGCUGCGGCGGCAAGGACGAGGAGGUCCGCCUGGCCCUCCUCCGCCACUUUGGCCCCAGGGAGGGCUGGUCGGCGGCCCUGGUCCAGGACUUCGGGGCCUUGGUGCCAGAGGCCGACGUGCCGCCGCCUGCGAAGCCCUUGGCCGAGCUGUCACUCCAGGCCCUCCUGGCCAGGGAGGCGAAGGUCAAGGGCCAGGUCGGCCGCGCGGAGGCCAUGCUGGCGGCUGUCAAGGAGGAGCAGGAGGCCGUCGCGGCCCGCGUGGCGGAGCAGGAGGGCGUCCUCCAGAAGCGCCGCGACCAGCUGGAGGAGGUGGCCGAGGCGGUGCGCGCCGGGAAGCGCGCCGGCCCGGCGCAGCACACAGGGCCGUCGCCCAUGGAGGUGGGCGAGCCUGAGGAGACGGGCGACCUGGGCAAGGCGCUGCUCAAGGGCCUCGAGGGCCUCGAGGCGGAGCGGGAGCGGGUGCUACUGCUCGGGGAGGAGGGCGGCGCCUUGCUCGCGAUGGCCGCGGAGGCCCGCUGCCUCGCGGAGAAGCUCGCCGCCGCCGACGCCCGUGCCCGCGAGGCAGCGGCGGCUGAGCGGGCCCGCGCGGCUGCUGCUGCUGCCGAGCGGGCCGCCGCCGCGCAGGAGGCUGCUCCCGUGGCCGCUGGCGAUGUGGACGGCGCUGCUGGUCCUCCUGGGGACCGCGAGCGCGUCGGCGACCUCGACCUGGGCCCCGAGCUCGACGGGCUCGAUGCCGUGUUCGACGAGGUGGGCAUGGAGGGCGAGCAGCAGCGCGCAGCGGCGGACGCGGUGGAGCUGGUGUCGGCCAACCCCACCGCGUGGGGCUCGGCGCAGUCGCUGGUCGAGUGGCUGCACGACGGCGCGGGGCGGCUGCCUGAGGUGCUCUGCCUCCAGGAGCACCGCCUCAAGGGUAAGCAGGCGGUGGCCCGCGCUGCGGGCUGGAUGCAGGCGCGCGGCCUCAGCUGGCACGGCCAGGCAGCGCUGGCGACGGGCCCUGGGCCGCUGGAGAGCUCGGGUGGUGCGGCUGUGGCCACGCUGCGGCCGUCGGCGGCCGCCGCUGCGCCAGGGCCCCCAGCCCAUCGGUUCCAAGUGUGCGAGGUGAACCUGGGAUUCAGGGAGCCGUGCCGUGUCAUCUCGUCCUACUUCAUCACGAAGAUAGGCAGGGCGAAGGAGAACAUCGGGCUCCUGGCGGCGCUGCACGAGUACGUGGGGCAGCUGGAGUCGCCGUGGAUUGUGAUGGGCGGCUGGAACAUGGAGCCUGAGGACGUCCGAGAGUGGGCGCGCAGCGUGGGCGCUGCGCUCGUCGCCCCAGGGGAGCCGACCUGCGGCUCGAAGGUCUUCGACUUCGCUGUCGUCAGCAAG